AUGUGGAACCGGGAUUUGUAUUCGGUAUCGUCUCGAACCGAUCCAUCAUCACCUAGAGGAGGAGGAAUAAAUCAUCUUCCGCAUCGCACUUUCAUUUCCUCUCGGCGCCUCCUCUUACCCAGAAAAUCGUCGUCUCCAUCUAUUACUCUUAGGAUCAGUAGUUUGAAGCUUAAAAGUAGUUCAAUGGAUGCUGAUUACAAGAGAUUCUUGUCUACGCUUCGAUCUCGAUCUGAGGUUUUAAUGGGCUUUGAAGAAAUAGAUGGUGAUGAUGAUUUCCUGGAGGAGUUUGCCUGCCCGUUCUGCGCAGAAUCGUAUGAUAUCAUCGGCUUGUGCUGUCACAUAGAUGAUGAACAUAAUCUAGAAUCAAAGAACGCGGUAUGUCCUGUUUGUUCUCUAGUAGUGGGUGUUGAUAUCGUAACGCACAUUACACUUCACCAUGGGACUUUAUUCAAGAUAUCCUUUUUUUAUUUAAUAAUCCGAAAGAGGAAAUCAUCACGGAAAAUUGGUUCAAGCUCAACACUUUCUCUUCUCCGGAGAGAGCUAAGAGAAGGAGAUCUACAAAGGUUGUUAGGGAUUUCCUCUUCUCGUAAUGCUUCUACUGCAUCUAAUGAUCCUCUUCUUUCCUCAUUUAUCUCACCUACACUAUCACAUUUAUCUCCGACCAAUAAAGUACCCGAGGAGAAAAAGUUAGAGCGCAAGAGACAAGUGUGUAUCCCACCUGUCUCAUUUAAGGAUCAGGAAGAGACGAGGAAUAGAUCAGAGUUUGUUCGGAGGCUCUUGUCAUCAGCUAUUUUCUCUGAGGUUUUGAGAGAGAGAAAAAACAGUGGUUGGGGUGAGAAGAAGACGGGAGAAGAGACGCAGCAGCUGUGA